AUGUUUGUUAAAGUAAUUGAAGACUCACUUCCUGGCCAUGUCUUGAUACCUCUCGACAAGUGUGUCGGUGAGAAGACAUUUUAUACGAUAAACAUUAUCGACGAUUGUCUCGAUGAAUAUUUUUCGAGACACCUUAAACAAUCCAGUAAAAGUUGUCCUUUCAAUUUCGACGGGAAAGUUCAGCAUGAGAUUGUGAUAAUAUUUUAUUAAAUUGUUGUAGUCCUCUAACUUCUUGCUUUCAUCUUUUACAAAUCGUUCCACUAUAUAAUAUUCAUCGUCGUUGUAUAAGUGUUCGUAUCUGUAAUAAAUGUACAAAUAAUAAUAAUAUAUUAAUAAUAAUUAAUAAUAUAUAUAUAUUAAUAUAUAUUAUAAUAUAUUAAUAAUAAUUAAUAUAUAAUAAUAAUAUAUUAAUAAUAAUUAAUAAUAUAUAUAUAUAUUAAUAAUAAUUAUCAUUAAAAAUAAUCGAAAUACUUGUCAUGAUACAUAUAAUUGAUUUGUAAAUUAAUAUGUAAUUUAUUAAAUAAUAACGAGAAUUGGAAUUUAUAAUAAGAAUUAGUGGUCCAUAAUUACAUUUGUAAUUCCAUUAAUAUCUGCUCUGGAAUAAGUCUUUCUCGAUCAAUUAAGUCAAUAAUUUCCUGCUUCAGUUGUUGCACUCUGAAGUGCUCUAUGUGCGGCUAUUUAAAAAAGAAUUUUGGAAUAUGCAUUCAUAUGUGUGUUAGAUAUAUAUCAUAUAAAAAUAUAACAAAGAAAAUUUUAUACUUUUAAAAAUCCUUCUUCGCCAGACCAAUCCAAAUAAAGCUGAGUUUCUAAUUUGUCGAAAUAUUUAACUGCUUCACAUAAUUUAUCGAGGAUACUGCAAAGCAUCUCCUUAAAUUUUUCAAACGAUGGCUCAAAAGUCAAUUGCUUGAAGCUAACAAUUAUGUCCACAUUAAAUUCACAAUUAAUCGGCUACAAGCAAUAAACGAUUAUUACACGGUUUAUUUUAUUAUUAUAUGUUUUGUUUGUUAUAAUUGCGGGUGUUUAUUCAUUUGUGAGAAAUUUGCAACAAUGCCUAGAACUUUAGUUUUAUUUCUUUAAGUAUGUUUAUAAAAUUGGAAUAAAUGAAUUAUAAUUUGCAUAAACGAAUUAUAAGUAUACCUUUCCACGGAUGAUUAAAUCCAUAAAAUCUUUCAAACUGUAUUUACACAUUAACAAAAGCUGCGAUUCCAUUAUUUUAGCAACACAUUCGUAGAAUCUUUUGAAUCGUAUGCGUUGUAACGGACUAGGGACUAACGAUUUUCUGUUAUUCUAUGAAUAAAUAAUGUGAUCAUUAAUUUUGUUUGUAUUAGUGGGCAUUAGAAUAAAAAUUUAUAAAACUUUACCACGAGAAAUAUAUCUUGUAUUCCAUCAUACCAAACAUUCUUCAAUAUAUUCUUCUCUUUCAUAAUUUGCUUAUUAAUCAUUUUGUUAAAUUCUAUUAAAUCCCAACUUUCUGUAUAUUGGGCAAUUUGUUCUAAAUCGAUCAAUCGAAAAUCGCUGAAAAAAUAAUGAAUUCUUGUUUCAAAGCAGAAGCAUAAUAAAUGAGUAGUUUUUUACCCAUAUUCGCCGACCCAAUAAUCUAAAGUCAUCUUCAUGCAUGGGUUUAUUAGAAAUAAAUUUUUCUGUAAAUUUUCGCGGUAUUCUCGAAUCUUGACUUUUAAACCAGGUACAACAUAUUCCAUGUGAAGCAACUUCCCAUCAUUUUCCUUUUGCUAAAAAGAUAUGUAUUUUUAUAAAAUAAAUAUAUCACAUAUAAAAAAUACAACUGGAAUUUCAAUUGAACCUCGAAUAAAGAAUUUUCUACAGGAUCUUGAAGUGCGUACUGCAAUAUUGCUUUUUUGAUAUUUCUUGUGUAAAUAUCUUUAAUCUCGAUCAGCAAAUUUUCCGUGUAGUAAGUGAACCGAACUCUCAAAUAAUACGGAACUAAAAGUAAUAUCUUCUCUAUAACGUUGUCCUGUAUUUGUACUGUGUGAACAGUAUCAAUUCCAUUACAAAUAUAAUUAUAGUAUCGGUUCACAUCUUCGUCGUUACUUAAAUCUAUAUCUAUAUUCGGUAGUUCAGUUUUGACAAUUAAGCUGACCACAUAUCUACAAAUAAACGUUAUUUCAAGCUCUAGUUUCUUUAUUAUAAGAUUUUUCUUUACAAUUUUCAAAAACUUGACAGAAAUUCAAAUGCUGACCUACGAAAGUUCUCUACUUUUAAUCGUUUUCCUGUGUACGUGUCCUCAAAUUUAGAUUGCUUUCGUUUCUCCUGCAGUUUUUUACACUUAAUGCAUUCCAUUAAUUCUGGUGGCAAUGAAAAUAAUGGCUCGAUUUUUGUUGUUUCAGCCAGUUUUGAUACCUUCGGAAUAUCUUUCGCGCGCUUUUUUUGAACCGUCGGACGAGAAAUACCCUCGCACGAUGUCACUUCCUCGCAGUCGCAUUCCAUGCUGGAACUACUUGCUAUAUGAGUGACUGAAAUACUGAAAAUACUCUGUGCUUGAAACAUCAUUUCACAUAUAUUUGUACAAUGAAUAUGUCACUUUGAGAAAUUAAAAGUUGAAUAAUAAAUAUGUAAGGCAAAAAAUUAACGUUUAUCACUACCUUACAGCAGAAUUUUGUAUCAACACAGACGGCGCCACUUUCAGACCUAGUGGUAAUAAUUGUUUCACAUUUUCGUAUUUAAACUGUAUACACGGUAAGUAUAUAUUGCAAAAUAAUAUUUCUUUUCAAAAUAUUAAAAGUUCAAAGAAUAAUAUCACGAUAUAAUAUUUUUGACGCGUUAAAAAUCUUUUUUUUCAUGUGUUUAAUGUUAUAAAAUUGUGCAAUACGCUUUACUGCAAUUGACUGUAGUUUCCAGGCAACGAAAUUGAUCGAUUUGUAGGAUUUAUGAAAAUUUCAAAUGAGAAUGUCCUUUUUAGAUUAUUUGAUUAUAAUUGUUAUUACAUCUAAGUAGAAAAUGAUAUAAAAUGAAGUCGGUACAUUUUUAGGUUAGGUGUUAUUAAUGCAGCAUUUUUUCAAUCUUCGUUUAUGUGAAAUAACAUUAGUGGUAUGUUUCAGAUGUUUUCACGUCAAUUUUUUCGUUCAAUACAUACAAAUCAUGUACUUUGUUAUACAUCAAAGAAAACGCUGUUAAGCAAAUUACGUAAAAAAACUGGAUAUACAUUCAUAAAUUGUAAAAAAGCCUUAGAGCUAAACGAGAAUGAUGUGGAAAAAGCUGAACAAUGGCUAAAGGAGCAAGCCCAGGCUCAAGGUUGGUCUCAGGCAAUGAAAUUAAAAUCCAGAGAAACUUCUCAAGGACUAAUAGCAAUGAUAACUAAUAACAAUCAUGGAGCACUUGUAGAAAUUAAUUGCGAGACAGAUUUCGUUGCAAGGAAUAAAAAAUUUCAUGAUCUAGCACAGAUCAUACUUGAUACUGUAUUAAAACACAGUAUGACGAUUGAACAGGAUUCAUUGGUCAAAAAAACUGUAUUAUCUACAGAAUUAAUAAAUAACCUACAUGCCAAUGAUGGCAAAAAUUUGAGUGAUCAUUCUGCUUUAACUAUUGGAUUUAUAGGAGAGAACAUUAGUAUAAGGCGUGCAUUGUGCAUGAGUGUACAACCAGGUGCACAUCUAUAUGGUUGCACACAUCCUACACCUAUAAACCCAGUACCUUCAUCAUUUGGGCGAUAUGGAGCAUUGGUAGCCUUAAAGUCUAACGAAGAUAAAAAAGUUUUGGGAAUGCAACUUUGUCAACACAUUAUUGGCAUGAACCCAACCAAAGUUGGUGAUCCAAAAGUCGAUCUACCUAAUGAUAAUAUAGAAGAGGAACCUGUUAUGCUAUACCAAGAGUUUUUGUUUAAUCCUGCUUCAUCUAUACAGGAAUUAUUACAAAGCGAACAAGCUGAAGUCUUAGAUUUCGUACGUUUUGAAAUGGGCGAAACGCUUGAAAACAGACAAGAAUUGAAUUCUGUAGAAACUUGCGGUUAAAGCAAUUGGUAUUCAUUUAAUAAAUUUAUGUAUUUAUUAUACAUUUUGUAUAUACUUUAAAGAAAAAUAUGGCAGUAAUAUAAACAUUUUGCUAAUCCAUUAUUAUUAUAUAGAUAAAAUACGUACAAUUAUUGCAUUUCUUUAUUACACAUGAAUUGCUAUAACGGAGUUAUAACGGAUGAAAAUUGUAUUGUAGAAAAACUAAAGUAUUUUAUUAAUAAAAUUAUUCUUCGAUGAUACAUAAACUUAUCGAAAAGUAUAUUCGAUUUAAAGUAAUACUAUGAACGGUAAAACAGUUGUUUAAAUGUAGAAAACUUUACAUCUGAAAUUGUAGAUAAUAUCCAAAUUAUUUUUCUUCAUUUUCUUUAUUUGCUGAACAUACGUUAGAUGAUUUUAAUUUAUUCCUUUUUCGCAUGAGUUUCACAGAUUUCCAAAGCCACAUUCGUGAAUCUUUUUUCCAGUAACGAGCGAUAUCUUCUGGCGAAUGCAUAACACCCUGAAUAAAGUAUUCAAUUUUAUAAAUAAUACAACAUCAUAUAUCAAACUUUACAAAUCAUACUUGAAAAUUCAAGAUAUCUGAAUGUUGAGCAGAUUUUCUAUAGGGUAAAAUAUCUCUGGCGUUUAAGCCAAAUAAUUCUUGAUUAAUAUCAUCGGAAGGAUCAGUUUGCGCAUCGCUUGUUCGUCGAAGCGGUAUCGUAUCAUUUCCAGACUCAAUUUCCGCCUCUAAUUCCAAACGUUCAAGGGCCGAUGUAAAGCUCCUUGACUCUUUACAAUUCCCAACAUUCGCCUAUUUCGAAACUUUGAAUUUUCAUAAAAAAAGUAAUAAUUUAUACUGUAUCGCAAAUAAAAAAAUUCUUUGACGUUGAAUAAAUUGUGUAAACCUGUACUCCUUGAGAGCAAACGUUACAUCCUAACGUCACUGACAAACAUAUGUCGCUCAUAGUCUUGGACAAAAAAU